AUGUGGGCGGACGACGGCGAGGCGCGGGCGCGGUUCGCCGCGGAGACGAAGGCGAGCCUGGCGGUGCUGGACGCGGAGCUCCAAGGCCAUGGGACAAGGUUCUUUGGCGGCGACGACAUCGGCUUCGUCGACCUCGCCGCCUGCACGCUGGCGCACUGGCUCGGCGUGCUGGAGGAGGUGGCCGGGGUGCGCAUCGUGGCGGACGGCGAGUACCCUGCUCUGCGAUGGUGGGCCGAGGAGUACACCUCCCACGAGGUCGUCAGGCGGUCCCUGCCGGACAGGGACCAGCUCGUCGCCUUCUUCGCUGGCAACCAGGGAGGUACAGGUCCAUGGUCAACGCAGCGGUGCAGUAGGCAGUAG